UAAAGAGGUCACGGCCUGCUCCGCCGCGGGGCGCACGCGGCCUCCUGCACAGGUGUGGCGGCUGCGGGUGGGGAGGUGCGCGGAGCAGCCGGGCCGGCCUCCUCCCCGCGGGCGGCUCCGCUUCUCCUUGGCGCUGCUCGUCCCUUCUCCUCGCCUGCAUGUGUGACGGCGGCGUGCGCGCUGGGGAAGGACACCGCGCCCUCUCCCCGGCUACCCGCCGCCCCGGGGCGGAGGGCCUCCUCGAUCCCCGUUUCCCCGCUCCCUGCUGAUGCGCGGUCUGCGCCUCGCCACCGCGUUCCUCUGGCCUGACUGUGGCCAGGCGCGGACGCCGCCGGACCGCGCAGUCUGGAGGGACUGUGAAGCGCUGGCCGGCGUCGGGGCCCUUGCCCGGGGUCGGGCGGGAGCCGGCGGACGGGAGCCAGAUGGAGGCGGCGAGAGGGGGCGCGGAGUAACGGGCGGCCCCCCGGGCUCGCACCUCCCGCGGCGCCCUGGCUCUCCGCGGGCACAGGGGCGCGGCGGGCGGGGCCCCCGGGGCUGCGAUGGAGGUGCCUAACGUCAAGGACUUCCAGUGGAAGCGCCUGGCGCCGCUGCCCAGCCGCCGGGUUUACUGCUCCCUGCUGGAGAGCGGGGGGCAGGUCUAUGCCAUCGGGGGAUGUGACGACAACGGCAUCCCCAUGGACUGCUUUGAGGUCUACUCCCCCGAGGCCGACCAGUGGACCGCCCUGCCCCCCCUGCCCACAGCCCGGGCCGGGGUGGCCGCCAUCGCCCUGGGGAAGCGGAUCAUGGUGAUCGGGGGUGUGGGCACCAGUCAGCUGCCCCUGAAGGUCGUGGAGAUGUACAACAUCGAUGAGGGCAAGUGGAAGAAGCGGAGCGUGCUGCGAGAGGCCGCCAUGGGCAUUUCUGUCACGGCCAAAGACUACCGAGUGUACGCGGCUGGUGGGAUGGGCCUGGACCUCCGUCCACACAACCACCUCCAACACUAUGACAUGCUCAAGGACAUGUGGGUGUCACUAGCACCCAUGCCCACCCCGAGAUAUGCUGCCACCUCCUUCCUCCGAGGCUCCAAGAUCUACGUGCUAGGGGGACGACAGUCGAAGUAUGCAGUCAAUGCCUUUGAGGUCUUUGACAUUGAGACUCGCUCCUGGACCAAGUUCCCCAACAUUCCCAGCAAGCGGGCCUUCUCCAGCUUUGUGACCCUGGAUGACCGCCUCUACAGCCUGGGGGGCCUGAGGCAAGGUCGGCUCUACCGGCAGCCCAAGUUCCUCCGGACCAUGGAUGUGUUCGACAUGGAACAAGGGGGCUGGCUGAAGAUGGAACGCUCAUUCUUCCUCAAGAAGCGGCGGGCAGACUUUGUGGCCGGCUCUCUGAGCGGACGGGUCAUAGUGGCCGGAGGACUCGGGAACCAACCCACGGUCCUGGAGACGGCAGAGGCAUUCCACCCGGGGAAGAACAAGUGGGAGGUGCUCCCCACCAUGCCCACGCCCCGCUGCGCCUGCUCCAGCAUUGUCAUCAAGAACUGCCUCCUGGCCGUGGGGGGCGUCAGCCAGGGUCUGAGCGACGCUGUGGAAGCCCUGUGCAUCUCCGACUCCUAGCUGCCCCCGGGCCUGGCGCCUUGGCCCCAGACCAGACCACUCCACUCUUGACGACAGACAUGGUCUCAUCAGAGCAGUUUGGGUGACUUCCCAGGAUGCCAGCUCCUGUCCGCAACUGGGGGGGGGGUCAGGCCCUAGGGGCUCUGGGGGACCUCCCCCCACCUGCAAACUGUAUCGAUCCCAGGAAACCAUAAGAAGACACGCUGACUCCGCCAACCUGCAGCUGGAGCCCAGCCCAGCUCUGAGGAGGCUCCUCCCCUCCUGCUCAGGCAGAGGAAGGCCCAGGAGUACCGGCUACCUCCCCUUCCUCUGAGUUCCGCCUCCCCCAGUGGCCAGAGCAGGAGGUGGGUGGGGUAGAAGACCACGGCUAUCACUGUCUUCUCCCCAGCUCUGUGCUACUUUGAGGGUCUCUAGGGAUGGAAAAUGGUGAGGGGUUGCAAGGAGUCCGGAGCCCGUCUUCUCUCCCAUGAUUCGCAUCCCUGCCCCGUUUGGCGGUCAGCAGCGGGCCUGCCCUUGCCCUCAUCUGCUCAGCGACUCGGCUCUGGAGCAGAGGCCGCUGAGCUGGAAGGGAAGUCAGGUUCAAAUGGACCAGUCCAGGUCAGCAGCCUCAGCCAGCAAGAUCCCAGGCCUCUCCGGUCCUUGAUGGGAACGCGAUGAUGAGGAAGGAGCAGACACCCAGCCCAGGCUCUGCUUCCCGCGCCUCUCCUCACUCACUUUCUCCUUCCGCCACCCCUCCCUGGCUCUUUUGUCCCCAGCGUUCCUGGAGCGUUUCUGUACAAAACCUUCUCGUGUACACUGUGGCAUCAAAAUCCACAAAGUCUGGAUUGACUACACCCGGGUUAACAGCAGCAGCACAAUGAUUAAAAUCUAUAUUCCUA